AUGAGCUCCCGCAACUACAACUGCUCACACAUCCACCGCAGCCAUGGUGCACAUAAUGAAGCGAGUGCGAAGGCUCAAAGAGGCGCCGUCGUUCUACCCAAAGAAGUGUCAAAGAUCGGCCUCGAGUUCAACAAGAAACUAUACGGCGGACACUUGGGCGCAAGACACUUCUGGCACAAAAUCCUCCCGCGAAUAAAAUACCGCAACCCCGCCCUCCCCAUCUCCAUCAAAAUUCACAACGAUCCAGACGGCCCCUCCCUCCUACACAUCUACACGCGCCAGCCCGCGCCCUCAAAUCCUGGCGCCCCGCCCAGCGCCACGCCCAACGCGCAAACCACCCUCGUGCCCGACACCAGCCCGCCCACGCACACGCUGAACAUCCGCGAAAAGAACGAGUCGGAGAUUCUUGACUUGCUGUUGAAGACGGUGCAGGCGCAGAACGCGCCGCUAGAGCCGAGCGAGGCGGAGCUGGCGGAGAUGCGGGAGUUGGAGGAGCAGAAGGCGCGCGCGGAGAGGGACCGGGUGCAGGUCAGGGAGCACUUUUUGAAAGAGAGGAGGGAGCAGGAGUUGUUGAAGUUGGCGAGGGGGGAGGUGCCGGUUGCGAAUUAG